GUGCAAGCUCUUGGGAUGACCAUGGCUCCGCUGUCCCUGACUGCCCCUUCGUCUGGACCCUCCCCCGCACCGCUGUGUCUGGUCUUCAGCUCCCUCCUGCUGGCACCCGGCCUGCAGGGCCUGCCUGGUUCGUGGAAGUCUUCCCCGUCUUCCCAGCCAGCCCGGGCCCUGGGGAGCCCUGAGCACAGCAGCGGCUGAGGGGAUGUCCUGCUCCAAUACCCGCACUGCUCUGGCGUUUGCCCUCUCUCCCAAGGAGAUGCUGCUGGGGAGCUGGUAAGGGUGGGGUCUUUCCCUUUACAGAUGGGGCAGAUGCCAGGACUCAGCCCAGCCUGAGGAGGACAUAUGUCCUCUUGGAGAGGGUGCUCCAGCCCAGGUCAGGGAGUCAUUGCCCAGUCAGCAGCUCUGCCACCAGCCUGUUGGGAACUGGGGCCUCUACUGGGUUAUAGGCAAUGCCUUUUCUCUGGCAUGGAAUUAUUUGUUGAUUUUCUAACACAUCUAGAUGUGAAAUUUCUGCAAAUGUUGAAGUAGAGAAACAUUCGCACACAAAAGCAACAUAGUCAUGUGGGUCCAGAUGGCCUCAGCCCUAGAUGUGGCAUCCUUUGCUGCCUCUCCUCAGAAUAUCCUGUUCCGCCUCCUCCCACCUGGGCCUCCCCUCGGUAGAGCUCUCCCCUCCCCCACCCCAGCCUGUCAGUCUGUGCAGGUUUGGGCUCCGCCUCGGGUUGCAGCGGGGGUAGACUUCAGAGCCUCUCAUGGCAGCAUCUAAGUGACCAGAGCUGGGAUGAGAGACAGGGAAGGGGCAGUGUGAGCAGCUCUGCAGGGCUGCCCAGCCUUGCUCCUGAGCCAGCCCCACCCUCUGCCCCCCAACCCCGGCCCUGGGCUCUGUGCCAGGGAUGGUAAAGAAUUCUGACCUGGCAGGAAUGGGGAGCAGCACGCAGGGGUCUGGGGCCUCUCCAGCCUUGCCCUCGUGCUUACCUGAGGUCCUGGUGUGGUUAACACGGAGUUCACCCACCUUGCCUGGCUCCCAGCCGGGGGCCUGUCCUCACUGCCGCUCCAGGGGAAGAAACACCAGCCUCACUUCUGUAUGGACUGCUGAUGAGGCCUGCCACCCUGUCUAGGGUUUAGCGGGCAUUGUCUUUGGAGCAGGAAGAGAAUAGGAUGCGUUUCACUCAUAUGCUGGGUCCAGGCUGGCCAGCUGCUCAGGGCUCAGGCUAGGGCCUCCCAUUGACAUCCUCCCCCAAAACUCCCUCUCCCGGCCUCUGUAGCCACUCCUGUGGGGUGACGGUGCUGAGUGUGACUUGUGCUGAUAAACCUGGUUCAUGUCUAAUAAAUAAUGGUGAUGAAAAGAUUA